GCUGUGGGGGCGCGUCUCUGGACGGCUCCGCGUGUGGUUACCGGAGCAGCGCGUGAAGCGGGCCUGUGCUUCCUUUCCGGAGCCGCUGUCGGCCAGGUGGUGCCUCUCCCGGCGCGAGCGUCCUAAGUUUGCGCCAUGGAGGUGGUGGAGGCCGCCGCCGCUCAGCUGCAGACACUGAAAUUCGGUGGCGCCGGCGUCGGAAUUGGCCAAGGUCUGGCCGCGCCGGCUCCGGACCCCGCUCCGGUCGCAGCGCCGCCGGCGGACGAGGGGACCCCGGAGUCUGCGGGCGAACAGUCGCCUCAGCUCCUGCCGCCGUCGCUCCCGGGGCCGCCUCCGGAAGGGAGCGGCCUGGAGACGUCUGACUCGGACUCCGACUCAGAUUCGGACUCGGACAGUGAAACAGAUACUGAUAGUUCAAGCUCCUCCUCUUCCUCAUCAUCGUCCUCAUCGUCUUCCUCUCAUAUGUCCCUUCCUCCAGUUCUAUCAGAUGGAGAAGAUGACUUACUAGUUGAGAAGGAAAAUAAGAAUUUUCCUCUUAAAACAAAAGAUGAGUUACUUCUUAAUGAACUACCUUCUGUUGAAGAACUCACUAUUGUUCUGCCUGAAGAUAUUGAAUUAAAGCCUCUUGGGAUGGUUUCAAGUAUUAUUGAACAAUUAGUAAUAAUUGAAUCUAUGACUAACGUACCUCCAGUUAAUGAGGAGACUGUAAUUUUUAAGACUGAUCGACAGGCAGCAGGAAAGAUAUUUGAGAUAUUUGGACCUGUUGCACAUCCGUUUUAUGUAUUACGGUUUAAUUCUUCAGAGCAUAUUGAAAAUAAAGGUAUUAAAAUAAAAGACACUAUGUAUUUUGCUCCAUCAAUGAAAGACUUCACCCAGUAUAUAUUCACAGAGAAGCUUAAACAGGAUAGGGGAUCAGAUGCAUCAUGGAAGAAUGAUCAAGAACCACCACCAGAGGCCUUGGAUUUCAGUGAUGAUGAAAAGGAAAAAGAAGCCAAACAGAGGAAAAAAUCUCAGAUUCAAGGUCGGAAAAAAUUCAGAUCUGAAUUUAAUGAAACUGGUGAAGAUUUUGCAGAAGUACAUCAUAAUUGGAAUGUUCAUAGCUCUGCUUCAGAGCAUUCCAAAGGAUAUCACAACAGAGAAUUCACAAGAGGAUUUUCCCAGGGUAGAUAUCCUCGAUCUUGCCCUGGCAGGCCCCCACCUCCACAGUUUUAUAAUGCAGAACACAUGGUCCCUCAGGACACUUCAGGAUUUGCGCCACAGAGACAAGAUAGCCCCAUGAUGCCACAGUAUCCCUUCCCUCCUCCAGGGUUUGACAUGCAUAACUUCUCCCUCCCUCCACCCCCACCCCCGCCCCCCCCACCGCCUGCCUCCACAAACAUGGGCUGGGCCGCGCCUGCUGUGGCCCCUCACCCAUUAAUCCCCUUGCCCUACUCCCUAGCCCCACCUCCGCCCCCCCCACCCCUGCCUCUGCCCUCCUCUUCUGGAGAUGGUAAUUCUGCUGCUCAUUUUGGACCUUACUAUUAGGUGGAUGUAUGCAUUCCUGAGAAAUGUGGACUUUUAGAUACACACAUGCAUAUAUAUGGAAGCAUUUUUUAAAAAGAGAUUAUGGAGCUAGAUUUUUAAAGCAUAGUACAUUAAAAAAUAGUUCCUUCAGUUUUAGGUUGAUAUAUAUUGUAACCUUUAUGAAAAUUUAAUGUUAAACUUGUGGAGGGGAAUCCAAUUAUGUAAUAUUUAAUUAAUGCUUUGAACUUUGCCUAAUUAAAUAGUAUGCCUCAAUCUAAUAAUCUGGGGCACCUUUCAUCAUGGAUUAAGAUAUAUUGACCAUACUGAUUAUCUUCUUGGUAUAUCUGAAAAUAAAAUGUUAAGUCCUAUUGAGAGCCUUUAAAAUAAACUAUUUUUAUAAAUAUAUUUUAAAAAUUGAUUUUGGUUGUAAAUGAAGUUUACAAAUAAAAUGUACUUUUUUUUGUUUUAAAGCAAGUAAAAGGUACAGAGAAGAAAAGCGUUAUGUCUUGGCAGAAGUCAUGUGUAUAAUUAAAAUGAAUAUUUAUUUAUUUUGCAUUGACAGGCUUUCCAUUAUCUGUGUAGAUUUCCAUUAUUCAGCCAUGAUCCAGUAAACUUUACUGUUUAACUGCUUAAAGAGACACAAAGUGUUCACAGUAAAAUGCAUUAUUCAAUAUUCACAGUAAUGUGCAUUUACCAACAGCAAGCAGACUUGUGUGUCCAUAUCGAUUUCCCAGAUUCUUGGAUGCCUCGCACAGAUUAAAUGCUUAAUAAAAAAAAAUUUAUUAAA